AUGACUAGGACCAUGAUUCGUGUGUAUGUGCGGGAGAUUUUACGUAGAACAGGACGUGUGUCCCUCAUUUGCAUGGAAACUGGACCGUCUGAUAAGUGGUUCCGGGGUUUCCUCGCCAGACACCCACAACUGUCGGAGAGAACCCCGGAAAACCUGGACAAGUCUAGAGCGAGAAUGUCUAGUCAGAAUACAAUGGACGGCUGGUUUGAGCUCCUUAAGAAAGUUUUGAGGGACAAGAAGCUCGAGAACAAGGAAGGACAGAUUUUCAAUGUAGACGAAGUGGGUUGGUCGGGGAAGGAGAGAAAGAAGGUGAAAGUGUUUGGACAGAAAGGGGCCCACUGCUUUGCGGCCAACAAUAUCACAUCAUGUGAACAUGUGACGGUCAACAUGUGUAUUUGCGCAGAUGGCAGAAUACUACCGCCAAUGAUAAUAUAUAAAGAAUCGUUACCACACCGGUCCAUGCAUGACGGUAUACCUGGAAGUUGGCUGUACGGCAAGAGCGAGAACGGCUACAUGGACGGUGACCUGUUUCUGACGUGGUUUAAAGAAAUAUUUCUGAUUAACUGCGGCAGGGAGAGACCCGUCCUGUUAGUCAUGGACAACCACGAUAGCCAUGUUACAUUGCCAUUGGUGGAGACUGCCCGUUUAAAUGAUGUGGUACUGCUCGGGUUGCCUGCCCACACAACGUACAUUCUUCAACCAUUGGAUGUAAAAGUAAAUGGACCACUGAAGACCAGAUUCAGUAAUCUGGCGACGCAUCUGGGCUUCGCCAACCCAAGCCUGUCAAUAGGAAGAUCGAGAUUUCCUGUAGUUCUGCGUCACGCAAUAGAACAGACGACACCCUCCUCUGUUAGACAGGCGUUUGUGGCUACCGGCAUAGUGCCAUAUAACCCACAAGCCAUAGAUAAAUCACAAUUAGUUCCAGCAACUUUUACUAAAACAAAUGAACAGACUGGUGAAAAGGAAAACAGCAAUGUUAAAACAUGUGAGGCUUGUGGGUCAUUCUUGACAAAUCCUCUAGUUGACCAGGGGGUCAUACCGCAGUCAAUGGCGCAGGUGUUGGUGCCACCGCCACGAAAAACAACGGGAAAAUUAAAAUCUUCACGAAUUGUGACCGAGGGCCGGGUUAUAAGUGGCGAUGAAAUGCUGAAAAAAUUAGAAGAGAAGGAGGAGGUCAUGCGACGCCAGAUGGAGGAAAAGGAGGAGAGGUUGAGGUUAAAAGAACAAAGAAAACAGCAGAAAGAAAAAGAAGGAGAAGAGAAAGUUGAGAAGAAGAAACGACGGGAGGCAGAAAAGAAAAAGAAGGAACAAGAACUUAAGGAGGAGCGAAUGAAGAAGGCUGUCGGUGGUCGCUUAGCACAUAAACGUUUUACCUGUGCUGUGUGUGGGGAGAGAGGGCGUGUGAAUGACGAAGUGAAUGGAGUUAUGUGGUAUGGGUGCGAUGAUGGUAUGUGUGGGCGUUGGUAUCAUGAGGAGUGCUUGGGUCAGAGUGAGAAUGAGUAUCUGAAGGAGAGUGAAAGUGACGGAAUGCCUUGGUAUUGUGCCGUAUGUAAACCGUGGUUGUAUGAGGAAGAGUAAGAGUACGAGAAAUUGUAAUGUUAAGAUUAUGUCUGAAUUUAUUUCUUGAUGUUUUUUAGUUAUUUCAUAAAUUUGUGUUUUAUAGAUGUUUGUUUUGACUUUACAUAAUCAAAAUGAUGAAAUAAAUGUGAGAAUAGUUAUAUGUCAAGAUUAG